AUGGGAGAGGCUCCGAAAUCCACCCAAAUCAUCGACCUCCAGCCCCCCGGGGGGUCCCUGCGCCUCCUCUGCCGCGCCUCGGGGUUCAAUUUCGGGAGCUACGACAUGUUCUGGAUCCGCCAGAGACCCGGGCAAGGCCUGGAGUGGCUCGCGGGGAUCAGCAGCGGUGGUUGGACCGGCUACGCGCCGUCGGUGAAGGGCCGGGCGACGAUCUCCAGGGCCAACGGGCAGAGCUCGGUGACGCUGACCAUGAACGGCCUCAAGGACGAGGAUUCCGGCUCCUAUUUCUGUGCCAAAUCUGCUCACAGUGGUUGGGGUUAUGCUGCUGCUGGUGCUGUUGCGUUUAUCACUGAUUCCGCUCUUGGUCCCAAGCCCCCUCCACUUUCAGGGCUCCGGGCGGCCGUGACCCUGCUGGAGUCCGGGGGGGACCUCCAGCCCCCCGGGGGGUCCCUGCGCCUCCUCUGCCGCGCCUCGGGCUUCAAUUUCGGGAGUUAUGCCAUGCAAUGGAUCCGCCAGAGACCCGGGCAGGGGCUGGAGUGGCUCGCGGGGAUCAGCAGCGGUGGCAGCACCGCGUACGCGCCGUCGGUGCGGGGCCGGGCGACGAUCUCCAGGGACAACGGGCAGAGCUCGGUGACGCUGACCAUGAACGGCCUCAAGGACGAGGAUUCCGGCUCCUAUUUCUGUGCCAAAGCUGCUGCUGCUGCUGGUUAUUGGGGUGCUGGGCUCCGGGCGGCCGUGACCCUGCUGGAGUCCGGGGGGGACCUCCAGCCCCCCGGGGGGUCCCUGCGCCUCCUCUGCCGCGCCUCGGGGUUCAAUUUCGGGAGUUUUUGGAUGAGCUGGAUGCGCCAGAGACCCGGGCAGGGCCUGGAGUGGGUCGCGGGGAUCAGCAGCAGUGGUUCUUACACCUACUACGCGCCGUCGGUGCGGGGCCGGGCGACGAUCUCCAGGGCCAACGGGCAGAGCUCGGUGACGCUGGCCAUGAACGGCCUCAAGGACGAGGAUUCCGGCUCCUAUUUCUGUGCCAAUAUGCCGGUGCUGGUGCUGGUGCUGCUAAUUAUAGUGACGAUGCCGCUGCCGGCCCCUCCCCCUGACGCCGUGCCCACAAACGUCCCAAAUUCCCCCGUUCUUCCCCCAAAUCUUCACUCGCUGCCUCACCUCUCGCGUUUCUCUGGGGCUUUGGGCGCUUGA